UCAGCGAAAUUACAAAAAGCUGGGCGGCAACCACGGCCGUACAGGGUAACAAAUGUCUUCGUCGUGGCGCCAUGCGAUCGGCGUCGUCGUCGGCACCCUCAUCCUGUUUUCUGUCGGUUCCGCCUACGUGAUAUCUGCAUGGAACAACGAGAUGAAAGGCAUGCUCGGGAUGACGCAAGUCGAGAUCGCGGCUGUUGGGUCGUGCUUUACGUUUGGUCAGUUCAACCUGAUUUGGGUUGGCAUCUUUUACGACCACUUCGGAGCUCGGUAUUCGUUUGUCGUGAGUGCCGUGUGUCUUGCCACAUUCUACUGGACUGCCGCGUGGUUGACGACGGCGCUGUCGGCGCCACACUGGUUCAUGGCGGUGUGUUUUGCGGCCAUAGGGUUCUCACACGCGUUCCCGACCCUUUCCGCCAUCGCAGCCACAGAAGGCCUUUAUGGAGAAGCUCACCGUGGUAAGAUCAUGGGCCUCUUGGCUGGAAGCUACAGCGGUGGCGGCGCUGCCUUUUCCCUCAUCUACCACACCUGGUUUGAACACCACGUCGGCAACUUCUUUACUUUCAUGGGAUGGGAGCUUAGUGUUUUGUGUGUCCUUGGGGUCAUCUUCAUUCAGCCCAGAAGCUCCCGUCAAGACUACAUUGCAAUUGACAACGAAUCAUCCCUGGAAACCUCUGUAAAAGAGCGAGACAUCACGUUGUGGCCGUUGGUGCAAACCGCCGAAUUCUGGCACUUGGUUGUCGUGGUGCUUGUUGGUGUGGGGUGCCCGCUCUUCGUCAUGAACAACCUGAGCUUCCUCGUGGAAUCCAACGGCGGCGACGUCACCCACGUCCCGACGCUCGUGUUGCUCUUCUCGCUCUUCAACCUGGUGGGACGGUUUGCGAUGGGAGCAAUCUCGGAUGCGUUGCUGUCGACGGUGCCUCGGAGCUACUUUCUGACUGCCAGCGUCGUGUUGGUGGGGGUGGUCCAGCUGUCGUUCGUCGUGUGCCCUGUCGAGUACAUGAUGGUUCCAGUGGUGCUGACGGGAUUUGGCGAAGGCUGUGUCUUCGGCCUCUUUCCCGUACUGACUCGCGAGUUGUUUGGCCGACGGCACUUUGGCAAGAACUACGGCCUCGUGAGUCUUGCCAACGCGGUGGGGUUUCCUCUCGUGCUGGGCCCGCUCUCGUCUGCGCUCUACCGCGUGCAACUCACCCCCGGCACGGAAAAGUGUUUGGGCAGCGGGUGUUUCACUCCCAUGUUCUUCGUCACGGCGGGGCUGAGUCUCGUGGCCACGUUUAGCUCGACGCGAUUGCAUUGAGAACUCCAACGCACGACAAAUUCAAGAGUUCAUGGAGGAAAAGCACGGGUCGCCGUCGUACUUGUGCCAUGAUUUUUGAACAGGUUGUUGUCGUUUCCAAACCGACGCGUGGUCCAUGUUCGCCCAAGGAUGGCUCCUCCCUGCUCGCAAGCGGACAUGUUAAAGUAACAUCCCGUGUUGUCCGAAUGGAUGGCUUCCUUGAGUCGUCGAC